GAUGCCACAGCUGAGCCUGUCCUGGCUGGGCCGGGGGCCCCUGGCAGCGUCCCCGUGGCUGCUGCUGCUGCUGGUUGGGGCCUCCUGGCUCCUGGCCCGCGUCCUGGCCUGGACCUACGCCUUCUAUGACACCUGCCGCCGCCUCCAACGUUUCCCACAGCCUCCCAAAACAAACUGGUUUUGGGGUCACCUGGACUUGGCCAAGUGGCAUCGCCUGGCCUCGGAGGGCAGCGCCCGUCUGGACAUGUUUGAGCACAUCAGCCUCAUGACCUUGGACAGUCUGCAGAAGUGCGUCUUCAGCUUUGACAGCCAUUGUCAGGAGGACGACCUGGCCCAGCUACCCUUCCUGACCAUGUGCAUUAAGGAGAGUCUGCGCCUGCAUCCCGCAGUCCCAGUGAUCUCCCGCCGCUGCACCCAGGACAUUGUGCUCCCAGAUGGCCGUGUCAUCCCCAAAGGUGUCAUCUGUGUCAUCAGUAUUUUCGGGACCCAUCACAACCCAGCUGUGUGGCCGGACCCUGAGGUGUAUGACCCCUCCCGCUUCGACCCAGAAAAUGUCAAGGAGAGGUCACCUCUGGCUUUCGUUCCCUUCUCUGCAGGGCCCAGGAACUGCAUCGGGCAGAACUUCGCCAUGACCGAGAUGAAGGUGGUCCUGGCGCUGACGCUGCUGCGCUUCCGCUUCCUGCCUGACAAUGUGGAGACAGAGAAGAGCAGGAAGCCGGAGCUGGUCCUGCGAGCUGAGGGCGGCCUCUGGCUGCGGGUGGAGCCGCUGAGCGCUGGCCAGCAGUGACCCACCGCUGCAGGCUUAAGACCCACUCUGGCCCCGCCCACCUGCCUUUGCAGAUUACCAGGAAUAAAAAUGUGCUGUCACCUGUG